GGUUCAAAACACGAUAUAGCUCAGUUCCUAGUUUUGAAACAAUAAGAGCAACAAUGACAUCCAACAUCGAUUCCUUGGCCGUGGAGGCGGAUCCCUUGGAUGAAAUUGCCCUUGACCAAAAGGAAUGGAAGUCUCUGGUUCUUUGGCGUCGUCCUGUGCAGACUUUGAAGUAUGGAACCAUGGAGGCCUGCCAGUUGUUGUUAUCUUUUACCGCCAAGCUGCUUAAUCUGUGGCUGAUGGGCAUUAUGCUACUAUUAGGCUUACUCUGUAUUCUGCCUGGACCACAUGCGGAGUUCGUGAUUUCCUGCCAGCAAAGAUUUGGAUUUGUAGUAUACUGGCUGGGUCUGGGUGUUCUGUCAUCAGUUGGCUUUGGCACUGGCUUACACACCUUUCUGCUCUACCUGGGUCCCCACUUAGCAGCAGUCACUUUGGCCGCCUACGAGUGUCAGACUCUGGACUUCCCCACUCCACCCUAUCCAGACAUGAAGGUUUGCCCACAGGAGCCGUACAAGCACAAUAUACCAGAUGUCUGGGAAAUUUUAUCAAAGGUCCGACCGGAGGCCUUACUCUGGGGAAUCGGGACGGCCCUAGGCGAGUUGCCGCCAUAUUUUAUGGCCCGUAGAGCUCGGCUCUCUGGCAAAGAGUUAGACGGAGCGGAGGCGGAGAAGUUAUUGGCGGCCAAACGAAAAAGCGGUAACCUCAACGUUUUGGAUCGCGCAAAAUUGUUCACGGAGCGUGUAAUGCGAAAAGUGGGCUUCCUGGGAAUUCUACUAUGCGCCAGCAUUCCCAAUCCUUUGUUCGAUCUGGCUGGUAUCACUUGCGGUCACUUCCUGGUGCCAUUUUGGAAGUUCUUUGUGGCCACCCUAAUUGGCAAGGCAUUUGUCAAAGCCACCAUACAACAGUUGUUCGUCAUCGCGUCACUUACCGAGAAUCUGGUGAACAAGUUUGUGGACUGUCUGGGCGACUUACCCUGUCUUGGACCCCAGUUUCAGCAGAUCAUCCAGAACCUUUUGCACUCCACCAAGCAGCAGAUGCAUGGCCACGGCAAAUCGGAUUCCCUGGCAUAUCUGGGCGUGCUAGUUCGAGUCUUUGAGUUUUGCGCCUUUAUCAUGGUCGCAUGUUUUGUAAUUUCCUCGUUGAAUUGCCUGGCCCAAAUCCGCUGCAAACGCGAGCAGGAGAGGAAGCGCAAGAUGCGAGGACUAGAGAUGAUCCUAUAUGCCGAUAAAGAGGCCUCCUCAUCAGAGGAGUUUACCGUCUAAGCAGCAAAUAUAUUUUUUACUUCUGAAGGGGAGUAUUAAGAUUUCCAUUUGUUAAAUAGCUCUGCAAGAUCUUGGCUUAAAUCCUUUAGUCUGUAUUUCUUUAAGCGUAUGAUCAAAAAUUCGUCUUGAGUCCAACA